AUGGUACUGCACAGCCUGUUCGUCUCUGGAUGUCCGUGGUUGAGAUGGCUGGCCACAUCGCUUCACAUGGCUCUGUUCCUGCAGCUGCUGGUGGUGUGGGAGACGACAGAGGCCAUCCACCCAGACUGCGCCCUGGUGGUUCAGCACAUGAAGGCUCAGGAGGAAUGUAACCAGAUCCUCAAACAGGAGAAGAGCAACUACUCCACCAGGACAGGUUGUCCGACAGCGUGGGAUGAGAUCCGUUGCUGGCAUCGUGCUGAGGUGGGACAGGUGGUCAGCGUCUCGUGUGCCAAUGUCUCCCAGCUGUUUGCUAACAACCAAGGUUACAUCUACAGGAACUGCACCGAGGACGGAUGGUCCGACCUCUACCCCUCCUACGAGGAGGCCUGCGAGUUCACAGAGUACGAAGAGACAGAACCAGAGACAACAUACUUCUCCAACUUCAAGCAGGUGUACACUGCAGGCUACGCUACAUCACUCAUCUCCCUUAUAUCGGCUAUUUUUGUCUUAACUGUGUUCAGGAAGUUUCACUGCACCAGGAACUACAUCCACAUCAACUUGUUUUUCUCCUUCAUCCUGAGAGCGAGCGCUGUCUUCAUUAAAGAUGGCGUUCUUUUUUCUGAUGAAAACCUGGACCACUGCUUCAUGUCUACUACAUCCUGUAAAUCAGCCAUGGCCUUCUUCCAGUUCAGUAUCCUGGCCAACUACUUCUGGCUGCUGGUGGAGGGCAUGUACCUGCAGAUGCUGCUAGCUCUCACCUUUGUCUUCCAAAAGAAAUACUUCUGGUGGUACAUACUCAUCGGCUGGGGUCUCCCAACAACAAUCAUAAUGGCGUGGAUCCUCUCUAGAAACUUCUAUGAUGACAAGGGGUGCUGGGAUGACACAGAUGUGGCCUUCAUCUGGUGGAUCAUAAAAGCUCCAAUAACCGCGUCACUACUGGUGAACUUCAUCAUCUUCAUCAAUGUGAUCCGCAUUCUGGUCCAGAAGCUGAGAUCUCCUGGUGUCGGUGGCAAUGACACCAGUCACUUCAAGCGGCUGGCCAAAUCCACUCUGCUCCUCAUCCCUCUGUUUGGGAUGCACUACAUGGUGUUUGCCUUUCUGCCAGAAAACACAGGAGCAGAGGCCCGAAUCUUCAUAGAGCUCGGCCUGGGAUCCUUUCAGGGAUUCGUUGUGGCUCUGCUCUACUGCUUUCUAAAUGGCGAGGUGCAGGCAGAACUGAAGAAGAGGUUUUGGAAGUGGCAGACUCAGAGUUACCUGAGCUACAGUAAACAAAGGCGUACGCUGUUCACUGAAAGCAGCACGGUGACUCAGAUCUCCGUCUUUGACAAAUCCAGCCCCAAAGAUCAGCCGGCCUCAGAGACUCACACACUCACACCCAGCAACGUGUCCACUGUCUGAGGAACAAUCGCUGGUAUUCAUGUCCUGCGUUACAAGGUCCUGAGCAGGUGACCAAACCACAGAGCCUGAUCGUUGAAUGUUACAGUACCUCUUAACUUUGUACUUUUGCAGUAUCCCACAUGGGCUGCCAAAUUGACAUGUUAAUUUGUAUGACUUAAGUCUAACAUCUGACACACCUUUCCCGUUAAACCUACUCCCAUGAUAUUAUUUCCAAGCGUACAGGCUUUACUAUGGGCAGACAGGAAGGUCUCAUCUUCUAUUGCUUUUGUGUUAAACUGCUUUGGUGUCCCUCCUCUUCAUCUUAUUCACCUACCAAAUAGUUUCUCCCCUUUUAGAAAAGCACCGAUUUCAAGUUCACAAUGAAUGCGGUUUCAAAAUUUCAGGCUUUAUUUUUUUAUUAGAUAUAUCAAAUAAAAUUAAGAUUAGAUUAUUCUGUCACAGCACCUCUGAGUCCUUCAAGUCUAAACUGUAAAAUCUUGUGUUUGCGUUGUUUUUGCUAAUGUUUUUACAUGCUUAGCCAUUCAUAAUGGAACAAAAUACCAAGGGAACCAGUUUGCAUAUAAGGCCCUAAAAGGGACAUGUGGCUCACAUGACAUUAUCACAAUAUUUUGA